AUGGCAUUCUUCGGUGGGCAAGGCGGCCCAGCAGGCUUGUUCGCCCAGAUGGCCCAAGGCCUCGGCGCCGGAUUCGGACCUCAAGGCGGCGCGAACCCGAGCGCGUACGAUGAAUAUUUCAAGGCGUACAGCGUCGCGAUGUUGCCCGGCCGCGAGCGCGAGAACCUGUCUUACGGCGGGAAGAUUGUAAUGCCCCCCUCAGCCCUCGCGCGCCUCACGCAGCUGGACAUCGAGUCGCCCUGGCAGUUCAAGCUCCGGAACCCCGCGAACCCCGCGGCGUCCACGCACUGCGGCGUGCUCGAGUUCAUCGCGGACGAGGGAUGCGUGCAUCUGCCGUACUGGAUGAUGAAGACCUUACGGCUGAACGAGGGCGAUCCUAUCCGCAUAACGGGGACCGAGCUCCCGAAGGGCAAGUUCGUCAAGCUCCAGGCCCAGAGCGUGCAUUUCCUCGAGAUUUCCGAUCCCAAGGCCGUGCUGGAACAAGCGAUGCGCAACUUCACGGCCCUAACCCAAGGCGACAUCAUCGAGAUCUCCUACAACUCCAUCGUCUUCGGCCUCCUCGUAAUGGAAGCCACGCCCGGCGGCGAGGGCAUCCUCGUCAUCGACACCGACCUCGAAGUCGACUUCGCCGCGCCCGUCGGCUACGUCGAGCCCGAGCGCCCCAAGCCCGCGCCGCCCGCCACAAUGGCGUCCAAACUGAACAUCGACGUCGGCGCGAGCACGCCCGGCUCGAGCCGCCCGCAGAGCUCGAUGGGCGGCCAGUUCGCCGGGACGAGCAAGGGCGCGACGGCCGUGAGCAAGGACGGGGACAGUUGGGAGAGCUUUAAGGGGCGCGGGGAGACGCUCGCGGGAAGGAAGACGAAGGGGAGGGGCAUUAGUCAUCGCGGCGUGGAGCAGGUGCCGGAGAGCAGCAAGAUACAGAGGACGGAUAAGCAUCUUGUGGUGUCGAAUGAGGAUCUGGAUAAGGAGGAGAACGUGCCGGCGCCGCUGAACUUGCCGUUUGGGAAGCUGUUCUUUGGGUUUAAUGUGCCGGCGUAUGUGCCUCCUGAGCCCAAGGCGGACGGCAGUCCAACGCAGCCCGUCCCCUUCGCCGGCAGCGGCAACUCCCUCACAGGCCGCUCCAAUUCAUCCUCCGCAAGCAAAGGCAAAGCGAAGGAGAACGACAAAUCACCCGCGGCCAGUCAUAACUGGGGCACCAGCGGCCACUCGCUCGGCGCCGCGCCCACAGCACCCAGACGGCCUAUGGGCAACGGCGCAGUCGGCGCCGGCGGGGCAAGUGUGCCCGCUUUGCGCCGUAAGGCGCGCGAACCGUCGCCUGAGGAGGAAGAGGAGGUCGAUUGGGGUGUCGACGAUGAUGAGAUUAUUGAGAUCGAUAGCGAUUGA